AGGAUUUUUUGUUUAUUUUCGUGUCCAGCUAGCCAGCAAAUACGCUAUUGUUAGCCUGCAUUCUUUCUUCCACAGUAAUAAACCUCACAGAUAAACGAAGGCGACUCCAAGUGAUACGAUGCUGUAACAGCCCGCGAGGCCGUGUAAUAUAAGGUUUGCCGGUGCGCUAGCGUGGGGUUGAUGAUCGUCUGUUAGCGAGUGUGCUCGCACGCUAGCCUAAAUAACAAACGCAAGCUAGUCAACGUUAGGCAGAAAACGUAUCGGGGUUUGGGCAGAGAAAGCCACCAACGGAGGAUCUCCUGUCGGCGGGAGUGACACGACUGCGCGGCAAAAUCACUGUGAAAGCAUAAAGGAUUCAGUUGAAAAGCCUCCCCAAGGUUGAAGCCUAAGGGGCAAGAUGUCAAUCACAAACACUCCCACCAGCAACGAUGCCUGCCUGAGCAUUGUGCACAGCCUCAUGUGCCACCGGCAGGGAGGAGAGAGUGAAAGCUUCGCCAAGAGAGCCAUCGAGAGUCUCGUCAAGAAGCUGAAGGAGAAAAAAGAUGAGCUGGAUUCUCUCAUCACAGCCAUCACCACUAACGGAGCUCAUCCCAGCAAGUGUGUCACCAUACAGCGGACUCUGGACGGACGCUUACAGGUCGCAGGACGAAAAGGCUUUCCUCAUGUGGUGUAUGCCAGACUGUGGCGAUGGCCUGAUCUUCACAAGAAUGAACUGAAACAUGUGAAAUAUUGCCAGUAUGCCUUCGACCUGAAAUGUGACAACGUCUGUGUCAACCCGUACCACUACGAGAGGGUUGUCUCGCCUGGAAUCGACUUAUCAGGACUGACCCUGUCAAGUUCAGGUCCCCUUUUGGUAAAGGAUGAGUAUGAUUACGACAACCAGCAGUCUCACUCCAGCUCAGAAAACCACCUGCAGACGAUCCAACACCCGCCGUCGCGGCCCGGUCCACAGGAGACCUUCAGCAGCCCGGCCCUCCUGCCCCCAUCAGAGGGCAGUAGCUCCGCUUCCACCUCGGCUUUCUCCACUAUCAGUGCUGGACCCUCCAAUGCGACCCCCAACUGGAGCAGAAACAGCAGCUUCACUCCUGCAGUGCCUCAGCACCAGAACGGACACCUACAGCAUCAUCCCCCCAUGCCCCACACGGGGCAUUACUGGCCUGUUACCAAUGAAAUUGCGUUCCAGCCUCCUAUAUCAAAUCACCCCGCCCCAGAGUACUGGUGCUCCAUCGCAUACUUCGAGAUGGAUGUUCAGGUCGGGGAGACGUUUAAGGUGCCGUCCACGUGUCCGAUAGUCACCGUGGACGGUUACGUGGAUCCGUCAGGAGGCGAUCGAUUCUGCUUAGGUCAGCUGAGCAACGUUCACCGGACAGAGAACAUUGAGAGAGCGAGGCUGCACAUUGGAAAAGGCGUGCAGCUGGAGUGCAAAGGCGAGGGGGACGUCUGGGUGCGCUGUCUGAGCGACCACGCCGUGUUUGUCCAGAGCUAUUAUCUGGACCGGGAGGCCGGACGAGCCCCGGGCGACGCCGUUCACAAGAUUUACCCCAGUGCUUACAUCAAGGUGUUCGACUUGCGUCAGUGCCACCGGCAGAUGCAGCAGCAGGCGGCGACGGCUCAGGCGGCAGCUGCGGCGCAGGCGGCGGCCGUGGCCGGGAACAUUCCCGGGCCCGGCUCUGUGGGAGGCAUCGCCCCUGCCAUCAGUUUAUCCGCCGCCGCAGGCAUCGGGGUGGACGACCUGCGCAGGCUGUGCAUCCUGCGGAUGAGCUUCGUGAAGGGCUGGGGGCCGGACUACCCCCGGCAGAGCAUCAAGGAGACGCCCUGCUGGAUCGAGAUCCACCUACACCGAGCCCUGCAGCUGCUGGACGAAGUGCUGCACACCAUGCCCAUAGCCGACCCGCAGCCCCUCGACUGAGCCGCCGGCCGCGGACUGUACAGAGCCGAAACCAUGACUGUACUUGUUACGGAGUGCUCCGCCUGUAGGCCCGGAGCGCCAAAGGAGGACUGCAACCACCAACACCACCACCACCACCACCACCACCACGCUCGAGUAGGUCGUAGACGUAGGACAGAGAGGCCAGCAGUAUACUCCAAAACACACUUGCUUCCAGUCCAGAGCGGCGAGCAGCGCACUGAGGGAGACUCCGGGUCUGGGAGGUCAGCGACUUCCUCACAGCAGCCAGGGGAAGAUGUGAGUCACUCUGGGAGGAGUCGCGGCGCGCUGGAAAAAUCCCGCCAGGAGGACGCUCCUUACAGAGGCUCUGUAAUGAAUUGGUCGAGAGAGCCGAAACGCAUCAUGACACAAGUUAAAGGAGAACUUGUGUGUUUUUUUUAUCCAGUGUGGUGUCUGUUUAUGUUUUAAGAUGUGAAGCUUCCUCUUAACUGGCAAAAGUAGUUUGAGACGGAUCAGUUACUGUCGGGUUUUUAAGCUCUCGAUCACAGCGUGGCUCCGAGCGCUGGACGUGUAUUUUAGAUCCAGCUGGAGUAUACUGCCGGACCGGCCCAGUCCUCCUCUGUUGGCUCUCCUAACAGCCGGAGUUACCCCCCCCCCCCCCCCCCCCACACACACACACACACACACACACACACAGAUCAGGACAUUUAUGUAAAAUCAUGUUAUACAUUUCUCAUGUUCUUGUAUGAUGUAAUCUUAAAUAUUUUCAAAUGCUGACAGACAUCUUUUUUUUUUUUUUUUCUUUGAUAUUUUUUUUGGGGGGGGAUGAUUUUAAAAACAAUGCAGAUUUGAAAAAGCCCAUUUUAACUUUAAUCACCUUUUUUCAACAACUUCAAACUUCCAUUUCCGAGGCUGUUUAAGACACUGAGAAGUGAUGUUUUGUACUGAAGUGUUUCAGGCCCCUCACUCUAAUUGAACACAAAUGAUUAAAAAAAAUAAUAAUAAUCUCCAAAAAUAGAUUAUAACAUGCCUGUAUUAUGUUAUUGUCAUUUUUUUUUUUUUUUUUUUUUUUUUUUUUUUUUUUUUUUAAUUAGAUGCCCACAUAGUGUCUAUUAGCACUUUAUUAAUUCAUUUGUGUUUCUGUCUUGUUCCUUAGUCUCUUUUGUGGUUACUUGUUGUGUCCAUAUAAUCUUUUUAGCAUAGUUGAAUUAUUAUUUUUUUCUUUCUUGCUAUUGACCAGGUUUAGAUCUAUUAAAAAUUGGUCAGGUUGUGCGCUCUCUCUCCAUCAGUUUUCAGUAUCAAGCACUCUCCCGCGGCCGAAUGUUUGACACUCGAGACGCUUCGGGCCGGAGCGCGGCCGAACGACCGAUCGCCACCGCCCAGUUUAAUCCGAGUAGAACUUUGGAUGACAUGUAAUAUAUUGUAGACAGCUGAGUAAACAAGGAGUGGACUGUGAGAGGAAGCGUAAGCCAUAUUAAUGCCAAAUAUACCCCGAGAAAAGCGAAAAUCAAGGUUUAUCAGACUGCAGUCAUUUCAGUAUUAUGUUGCUUGGUUUUAAUCAUCGAAGAAAAAAAAAAGAAGUUCAGUUUCACUAUUGAUCAAACAGUAUUUUGGUAUUUGGAGCUCUGUUUACCUACAGCUGUUGCAGUAUUUUAUACUCUUUUUGCUACCUUUACAGUGAUGAACCAUUCUGGUCAUAAUGAUUUAAAAAGAAAAAAAACUAUCAAAAAAAAUAAAAGAAGAGGAAUGCUGUACAAUUUUCAGGAAAUGCAAGUUCAUACUCAUCUUAACCAUUUACACUUAUGUCAUACAAUCUGAAUACAUAUGGAGUUUGAAUGAUAUUGGUGUUUAUAUGUAUGAAUAUGGUUGAAUAAAAUUUAACGGGCUAACAUGAA